GCGGCGGCUGCUGCAGAGCGGCCGGGAGGAGGGUGGGUCUCCCCAGAGCGGAGCGCCGGAGUCCUCCUCCUCCGCCGCCGCCGCCCAGGCCGCCGCCGCCGCUCUCCCGACUCCUCCUGCCGCGCCCCGCGCGGAACUCCGAGCGCAGCGCCGAGCGCGGUCCGAUCGGCACAGCCGAGGCCCAAGAGCCCGCGGGGCGAGCGGCUCGCGGUGCAGAUUCCUCUUAAUCCUCUGAAGACUCUGGAAAACAGGAUGGCUGCAAAUAAGCCCAAGGGUCAGAAUUCUCUGGCCUUACACAAAGUCAUCAUGGUGGGCAGUGGUGGUGUGGGCAAGUCUGCCCUGACUCUGCAGUUCAUGUACGAUGAGUUUGUAGAGGACUAUGAACCUACCAAAGCAGACAGCUACAGGAAGAAGGUGGUGCUGGAUGGAGAGGAAGUGCAGAUCGACAUCUUAGAUACAGCUGGGCAGGAGGACUACGCUGCGAUCAGAGACAACUACUUCCGAAGUGGGGAGGGGUUCCUGUGUGUCUUCUCUAUCACGGAGAUGGAGUCCUUUGCCGCCACAGCCGACUUCAGAGAGCAGAUUUUGAGAGUAAAAGAAGAUGAGAAUGUUCCAUUUCUCCUGGUUGGUAACAAGUCAGAUUUAGAAGAUAAAAGGCAGGUUUCUGUAGAAGAGGCAAAAAACAGAGCUGACCAGUGGAAUGUUAACUAUGUGGAGACAUCUGCUAAAACACGCGCCAACGUUGACAAGGUAUUUUUUGAUUUAAUGAGGGAAAUUCGAGCCAGAAAGAUGGAAGACAGCAAAGAAAAAAAUGGAAAAAAGAAGAGGAAAAGUUUAGCCAAGAGAAUCAGAGAAAGAUGCUGCAUUUUAUAAUCAAAGCCCAAACUCCUUUCUUAUCCUGACCGUACUAAUAAAUAUAAUUUAUAAGCAUUGCCA